AUGCUGGAUGAAACAGUAGUUCCAGAGAGCGAGUCUGACGUGAUGGUGCGGAGAGCGAGGAGACCUGGCAGUACAAUCGAGCUGUCAUUCUUCAUGACAACGCUGGGUUUGUCGCUUACCGGUGUCGCGAUAAGCAACUUAAUAUUAUACAGAACGUGUGUCCACGUGUUGCGGCACGGCCGGGCCGAGUGCUCGUCGUUCCUGGCGGUGGACAAGACUAACGACACGCAGUACUUAGAGAAGGAGGUGCAGAGGUACGCGAUCUUCGUGAACAGUACAAAGAGCGUGCUCGAGUCCCUGGCACCGGCCGUACUGAGUCUCUUCCUGGGCUCGUGGUCCGACCGACACGGAAGGAAGCCGCUCAUUGUGUGGCCUCUUUUUGGGAUCGCAACUACUUCAAUGUUGGUACUGAUAUAUAGUAUGGUUGAUGUGGGACCCUGGUGGUUCAUUCUGACGUCCGUACCAUACUCGCUGGCUGGCGGAGUGGCUACCCUGUCCACGGGGUCUUACUCCUACAUGAGUGACGUCACGAGCACUGAGAAACGAACCGCAAGAAUGUUCACGGUGCAGCUCGCAGCGUCAGGCGGCGUGGUGGCGGGCUCGCUGCUCAGCGCGCCGGUGCUGCGCGCGGUGGGCGCCGUGUACCUGCUGCUGGCCGGGGCCUCCGUCGCGGCCUUUACUUAUGCCUUCACGAAUGUGUUCUUGAAUGAAUCGUUAACAGGAGUCGUUCAGGGCAGCAUGACCUCGAUAAUGGACCUGCAGCUGGUGACAGACAUGAGCAGGGAGUGCUUCAGACGCCGCCCGAACAACGGCAGGGCUCAGGUGCUCGUCGUCGCAGCCGCCUCGAGCCUCUCCGCCUUCGUUACGUUUGGGAUCAUGAAUUUGGAAUACUUGUAUACCAGAGAGAAACUGCACUGGACCCUCAGCGAGUUUACCGUGUACUCGGCUGUAAACACUCUGUUGAGUUUCUUUGGAGGGCUCAUAGGAAUGUCGGUACUUCAGGGACUGUUCAAGAUCAGCGACUUGCCGCUGGCAGCUGUUGCAUUCGUCUCUGCUGCAGCGGAAUAUGUUGCGAAAACUUUAGCAGUUGAUUCAUGGCAUAUGUAUUUGGGUGCUAGUUUAGCCAUUUUCAAAGGUUUGUCAGCGUCGUUGCUCCGAUCUUUCGUGAGUAAGGUCCUCCCUGCCGAUGUGGUGACAAAGUUCCUUGCGUUGAUGUCCGCCGUGGAGAGCCUGUGCCCGCUGCUGGCGCCCCUGGUCUACAGCACCCUGUACGGAGCCACCGUGUCCACCGCGCCAGCCUCCGUCUACGUGCUCAGCACGGGAAUUAUUGUUUUUUGCAUUGUAUUAAUAGGAGUAGUUUUGUAUUUCCGAAGACAUGCUACGACACCUUAUGAAGUACUACAACCAGAGCCCUUCUGACCCUGUCGGUCGGACGUCGCACCAUUGUAACAGCCCUAUUCAUUAUAAUACAUAUUAUGUAUAUUACUAUCCGCUCGAUAAGUAGAUCUGUAAGAUCCGUUUGAUUAUUACUUUCGCAUUGUUGAACUUUAAUUAAAUUCAUACAAAAAAGGCAACUUUAAUUCACUGGGGAGUUUCUUUCUACGGAGCACGUAGA